ACAGGGUCAAUGGGCACGGCCUGCCCUGCAUUGGGAAAUGCCCGACCAUCACCGCGUUCCAGCCAUAUACUACACCGUCGGCCUGCAUGUAUGAGGGAGUCACAGAGGAAGUCAGCAGCAGCGGCGGUGUGGCCGUCAAUGUGCAAGCGAACGGUGGUGAUGAUUUUGGGAGGUUUGGCGGAUUGCAAGGGGGGGACAGUCGCAUGGCACGUGACCGUCCGUAUGGAGAAAGUUCGGAAGUAGGCGCGAGGUCUGCGGGAGCGGGCGCACCAGUGGGCGGGCAAGAGACCGUAGUUGAAAUGCAAUGGACUGUAGUGUCGUCCCCGACGCCUUCUAGGGAUGACUGUCGAGGGAUGGCGGAGAAUGGGUCAAGUGGUGGGGCUGCCUGCAAUAUGGAUACGUAUAUGCAUGUCGAGGAGGGGUUCGGCAACGACAUGUUGUCCGGAGACACGGUUCCCCUGCAUCAUCCUAACAGGGAUAGUGAUGUAGACAAUGGAUGUGGUGGGCAAGGAACAGGCCCGCAGGCAGAUGAGGACUUGGAACCUUUUCAUGCUAAUCACGAGCAGGAAGGCUGUGAUGGCAGGCAGGAGCCACAGUCGUCUCAAGGAGAGACAACGUGGUCGGAGGAGGGCGGUUCACAAGGAGUGGCACGAACCCGCAAACGAGGAGAUUGGGCCCAUCUCGACACUAUGGCACUCAUUCGUGCAAAAGGCGACCGGCAUGUCGCCCGUGCGGUCAACUAUGAAGACAUUGGCAAUGGUCGGACAUCCAAGAAAGCUUGGGAGGAGAUAGCAAAAGUUUUGGCCAUUGUAGGCAUGAGAAAGACGUGGCUUGAAUGUCAGACGAGGUGGCGGUCAAUCUGGGCUACGUACAGACAAGUGACAACCCUUCACAAGGGUAGCGGGAUACAAAGCUAUUGGAGGAUGACCUCCGCUGAGCGUCAGGAGAAGGGCUUCAAUUUCAUCCUUCAUAAGGAUUGGUUUGAUCUGUUGGAGGUGUAUUUAUGAAACGACAGGUCUGUACAUCCCUCAGACUGCGAAGAUCCAGGGAGCAGAUUCGAGGAGGGGUAUAAUUGCCCGCCCAUA